CAAGCCUGUUCCCUCCAAUCACCACUGAAUCAUCACUGAUAGGUUCUUCUCCUGUGAGCACAGCGCAGAAUGUGUCUGGGAUGCAACCAGUAGUUUAGAGGGACCGCUGCGAAGUAGUUGCGCAUCACUGACGGAUUCCAGCGCCUUGAAAAACGCUGAAAGUCACGUUUUUUUUCCCCCUUUCACAGAACUAAAUGGCUCGGACUUACAACCGAUACAACAUAUGUAGAUGAGCGACUCGAUAUUCUAAGCGUUUGGGAAAUGCAAACGAUUGCCCGGAUUUAAUUCAGACGCGAAACGCUCAAGCAGCCAUGCAUUUGUGCAGCUCUGUGGGCUCUUUGCUCCUCCUCCUUUUCAUCAGCAGGAGCAUGGAUGGCUCUGUCGCCAGCACAGAGGAGAUCUUGCCUCCCACCAUUCAGAAACUGAUGAAGGGAUACAACAAGUACCUUAGGCCAUUCUUUGGCAAUGGGCCUGUUACUGUGGGAAUGAGUCUGGAUAUUGCCAGCAUAGACACUAUAUCAGAAAUCAACAUGGAUUACACGGCCACCAUCUUUCUUCGUCAGCGCUGGACAGACGAACGUUUGUGUUUUGAUGGCAAUAAGAGCUUGAGUCUGGAUGGGAGACUGGUAGAGCUCCUCUGGGUCCCUGACACGUUCAUUGUGGAUUCCAAGAAAUCCUUCCUGCACGACAUCACUGUCGAAAACAGACUGAUCCGGAUAUUCCCCAACGGAACUGUGCUGUAUGCCCUGAGAAUUACUACAACAGUGGCCUGCAGUAUGGAUCUAACCAAAUAUCCCAUGGACAGACAGACAUGCACCCUUCAACUUGAAAGCUGGGGAUAUAAUGUGAAAGAUGUGGUUUUUUAUUGGACACGGGGAAACCAGUCAGUUAGCGGUCUUGAUCAUUUACAGCUGGCUCAGUACACCCUUGAGGAUCACUACACCUCUGAAUCUGAAGCCGUUUAUGAGACUGGUAAUUACCCAAAGUUGAUCUUCCACUUCAAACUCAAGCGGAGCAUCUUAUAUUUCAUUCUGGAGACGUACGUUCCUUCCAGUGCUCUGGUGGUCCUGUCAUGGGUCUCAUUCUGGAUCAGUCAAUCCUCAGUACCUGCUCGCAUCUGCAUAGGAGUGACCACAGUCUUAACUAUGACCACCCUGAUGAUGGGAGCCCGCACCUCUCUACCCAACGCCAACUGCUUCAUCAAAGCCAUCGAUGUGUAUCUGGGCAUCUGCUUCAGCUUCAUCUUUGGCGCUCUGAUUGAAUAUGCAGUCGCUCAUUUCUGCACAUUACACCAACCAAACGCUGCCAAUGCAUAUAUGUAUGGCCAGGAAAUGCAGGAGCGCGAGGAUGAGAUGAACGGCAUCGUCACUUCCAUCGGCAGCCACGCUUUGCGGGCCCGUAAACGGGAGGAGAUGCUGUCCCGGAUGGGCAGCGCCAGCAACCCCACCCCCAGCGAAAGUAAGGAGGACAUCAACUCCUCGCAGCCGCAAACCCGUUGCACCAAGUGUAUGUCGACGGCACGCCAAAUCGUGCGCUGUCUGAACUGCUGCAAAGUGGAAAACCCGCACUACAUCGACAACUACUCAAGGCUGACCUUCCCCCUCUCCUUCGUCGUCAUCAACCUCCUCUACUGGACAUACUACUUGUACUUCUAAAGCUCCUGUUGUCUCUGUGUGUGUGUGUGUGUGUUGAGGGUCAGUAGUGGUGUACGUGUGUCCCUUUUUGCGUCAGAGUUUACCUAAGGGUUUUUACUCUUACAUGUCAGCAUGCAUUUCAGCUCGACUUGAGUAUGACUGACUGCGUUCAUGUCACCCACGUAUGUGUCAUUCCUUAAGGUACACAGGAUCUGAGCGAGUUUGGACUAAACGGAUAUAUGCAGAUUUGUACCACGUCUACAUCUCUGUGUCAGAAAUAUGUGGCCUUCAUUUUCCGAUGGAGCUUUAGAUUCACUCAAAUCCACAACAGAAUCAGCCUAGCUGUAAAUCGCAAUACGAAUUUCUGAUAUCUGUAAAACUAUUUCAAAUUGACAUGAAUGUACGUAUAAUUACUUGUCUUUUAGCACAAAAAAAAAAGCAUGAUUUAUAAAUCACUGUUGACACAAGUAACAAAACAUUAGCAAUUCAUUGAAACGAAGGUUGGAGGGAAAAAAAAAACUACAAAUCAUUUCAGCAUGUUUGACAGCUAUAUUAAUAAUAACUGGACCAAAGAUUUAAUGUGUAUCUAAUGUUCAUAAUUACAAUCUGAAUUCAUAUGAGCACAAGUUAUGCAUUGUUUUUGGGGCAUAUACUGUAUGUAUUUGCAAAUUCAACAGUCUUAUAUCUUGUUAUAGGCUGCCAAACAAGAAUCAAGCUAGUUUAACUAAUUUUCUUCUGGUGAUUUAUCUGUGUAUGUAUGGGAACAUUCUCUUAGGGAUAGAAGCUCUGAUUAUAAACGGUUCUUUAUUAUUUGCAUGAUCAUUAAUUUAUUCUGCUGUAUAUUGUUGUAAUUUUUUUUUUUUUUUUUUUUUUUUGGGUGGGGGGGUUAAAGUUACUGACCUAGUUAAAGUUGGGCCAUUAAAGAAAUAGUUGACCCGAAAAUGAAAAUAUGCUGAAAAAUUUCACAUCCUCAGGCAAUGCAGGAUGUAGAUGAGUUUGUUUCUUCACUGGAACAGAUUUGGAGAAAUUUAGCAUUACUUGCUUACCGGAUGGAUCCUCUGCAGUGAUUGGGUGCUGUCAGAAUGGAGAGUCCAAACAGCUGCUAAAUUUACGAUGAAGAAACAAAUUCAUCCACAUCUUGGAUGGCCCGAGGGUGAGUCGCUUUCAUUUUUGGGGGGAACUCUUCCUUUAAGAACUGCACUACAGUAUUUUUGAUAGCUGACUAUUUUUGUGAAAAUGCCAAAACUGAAACAGUGAUGUGUAAAUUUGCUAAUGGCAUAUUCAACCCUGACAUUUACAAGACUUCUUGGCAGAUUUUUUUGCAUUGUUAAUGUCAAUUGCUCUUAUUUGCAUAUAGUUUGCAGUAUACAUUUUUUCCCACUGUCAACAUGUUUUGUUAUCAGUAUGUCAUAGAGAAUUGCUGGUUUGUAUGACCUUUUUCAAGAAGAUGUUAUUCACCUGACCUUUGUGGGUAAAUCUUUUCUUUUACUGUGAAUGUCAUACUUCUUACAGGUGAAUAUAUCUUGCGCUCAAGCUGUACAAAUAUUUUUAUGUUCUCCUUUUGCACUGAGAUUUUGAAUUACAAAGGCAAUAUUACUUUGCCAAGAAGCAUUUUGUUUUUGUAUAUACUGACUGAAUAUUGCAAAUGAUGUUGACCAAAUAAUAUUUAUUAUUAAUACUGUUAUUUUAAUAAUGCAUGAAAGUUGCAUACCAUAGUUAGAGAGUCAACAGGCCAUGAUGCUAUGUUUUCCAUGCAUGAGGAGUUCUGCAUCUGUUUUCACGGAUUUGGACAUAAACCGUUUAUACAAUCAAUAAGACUUGCUUUAAAGUAAUCUGUUUCGAGACAGAACGUAAUAUUUGUAUGAAAAAAAAAAAAUCAUUUUAGUUGUUCUUUUGUACAAGUAUACACUGUCUGGAAACAUUUAUUAACAUUUUGACAGAUGUAACUGCCAGGUUUCUCUGUACUAUACAAAAACAAAUAAUGGUAGCAAAAUUUGCAAGUUGUAAUGUCCUGCCAAAAAAUCAUUCAAUGACAGUGGCUUCUUAGAGUCCUAUGGUCUCUUACUGAUGAGUCCAAUUCUCUGUAUUCAUUUACUUGUAUCCUCAUCUAAUUUCUAGAAUCAACUCGAUACAGAAGGAGUUGGCUAUACAUUUGUCACCGCAGCAUAAUACUGCCCUUAGGAUAGUAUGCUGUUAGUGCUGAUCUUCAUGCCAAAAACUGGUCUUUAGCACUUACUUCCAGUAAUGAAAAUAACAGUUUGUUCUAACCGCACAAUAUAUGCACAUUCCUUCGCAGUAUUUAUAGUAGCUUAUAAUAUAUCACUGGACAACAUUUUGAUUUCAGCAUGUAAACGAACACUGUUAAUGUGUAAUAUACGGUUGCAUUUAAAAAACUGAGCCUCAAAUGGAAAGGCAUAACAGUAAUGUUUCAAUAUCAUUUUUGUAGGAUUUUUUGGUUUUUAUUUAUUUAUUUUCAAUGUAGUAAAAUAUUUCAUGUCUCACUAUGCAUGUAAAGUUAAUGUUUAGGAUAAUAAAAUCUUUUUAUUGAAAGAUUAA